AAAACCAAAAAAAAGAAAUUUCUCGAUUGAAAAAAGAACUCGAAAAGAAAGACGAAUUAUGCAAUAAAAACCAAUCCUCCAAAGAAAUAUUAGAUGCCAAAGUUAAAAAACUUCAAAAAGAAGUUGAUAAUUUAAACGAGCUGUUGCUCGAAUAUAAAUCUGAAUCAAAUACACUAAGGGAUGAAAAAAAUGAGAAAGAUGCAAUUAUCGAGUCUUUAAAUCAACAGUUAGAAGAUUUAA